GCCGCUUCCCUGGAAACAGAGACGGGCUGGGAGCCCAAGCUUCCUGCUGGAGCUCAGGAGGCCCCUUUUGGGGUGGGGGCUGGGGGCCGGGCAGAUAGAAAGUGUCUGCCUGCUGAAGACUCCAGGGCACCCAGGAGACUAAAUGACUGCUGUCCUGGGCAGACAUGGGGAAGAAGCUGGUGAUGGCCCAGAAGCGGGGAGAGACUCGAGCCCUCUGCCUGGGAGCGGCCAUGGUGGUGUGUGCUGUCAUUGCCUACUAUGUCCUGGGCACGACCAUGCUGCCCCUCUACCAGAAAAGCGUGUGGACUCAGGAAUCCACGUGCCAACUGAUUGAGACUAACAUCAGGGACCAGGAGGAGCUGGAGGGCAAGAAGGUGGCCCAGUACCCGUGCCUGUGGGUCAACGUGUCCGCCGUGGGCCGCUGGGCGGUGCUGUACCACACGGAGGACACUUGGGAUCAGAACCAGCAGUGCUCCUACAUCCCAGGCAGCCUGGACAACUACCAGAUGGCCCGGGCCGAUGUGGAGAAAGUCAGAGACAAUUUCCACAAGCACCAGGUGUUCUACUGCUUCUCGGCCACGCGCGAGAACGAGACCAGGGUCCUGUACCGGCGCCUCUACGGACCGCAGACCUUGCUCUUCUCUCUCUUCUGGCCGACCUUCCUGCUCACCGGGGGCCUCCUCAUCAUCGCCAUGGUCAAGGUCAACCAGUCCCUCUCCAUCCUGGCGGCCCAGAAGUAG